AUGAAGCUGCGAGGGCUGCUGGCUAUGGACUUCCGUUCCGGAUCCAUAGACGGCUGGAGCGUGGCCCAAUUCAGCCAGUACUUGGACAUCGGGGAGGAUAUGAAUGUACCUGAUGACUUCACCCAAAGUGAAAUGCAAUCGGGAAUGUGGUGGAGGCAUCUGGUGGCUGGAGGAGUUGCGGGCGCUGUCUCUAGAACAUGUACUGCCCCGCUCGAUAGGCUCAAGGUUUAUUUGCAGGUUCAUGGUAAUAAGUCGACCGGUAUCCAGAAAUGUCUGAAGCACAUGUUGAUGGAGGGAGGUUGGUUGUCUCUCUGGAGGGGAAAUGGAAUUAAUGUUUUGAAGAUUGCCCCCGAAUCUGCACUCAAGUUUAUGGCUUAUGAGCAGGCCAAAAGGAUCAUACGUCAGCAGUCUACGGCGAGAGACUUAACAAUCUAUGAGAGGUUUGUGGCUGGAUCUCUAGCCGGUGGUUUUAGCCAGACUGUCAUCUAUCCAUUGGAGGUGCUAAAAACGAGACUGGCCCUGAGAAAAACUGGAGAAUUCAGUAGUAUCAUGGAUGCUGCUAAAAAAAUUUAUAAACGAGAAGGCUGGAGGGCAUUUUACAAGGGCUAUAUACCUAACCUCUUAGGAAUUAUUCCAUAUGCUGGCAUUGAUCUUGCAGUUUACGAGACCUUAAAGAACAAUUACCUCCGGCAACAUUCCGACGGAGAGGCACCUUCUGCCAUGCUGUUGCUAGCCUGCGGAACAGCAUCUUCAACAUGUGGACAAGUCUGUAGCUAUCCGCUGGCUCUGGUGAGGACGAAGCUGCAGGCACAAGUGAUCACUAAUGUUGGUUCAAAAAUAAACACUCAUUAUACCAUGACAUCUCUGAUGCGAGACAUCAUCAGGGAAGAAGGUUGGGCCGGGCUCUACAGAGGAAUAACACCAAAUUUUAUGAAGGUGGCUCCCGCAGUUUCUAUUAGUUAUGUCGUCUAUGAGCGGUGCAGGCAAGCUCUUGGUGUUAACAUGACAUAA